AUCAAUGAUAAAAUUAAUCUAUUACUGUCAUUUAUAUAACAAUAAUGAUUAAACGACAUUUAAAUGGCAUUUGAACAAAUCAGAUUACUAGCUAGAAUUAGGAAUUAUAUAAACUGGCCUGCUUUGUUCGCAAACUACAAUGACCAGAUGAAAUGUACUUAUUGAUUCAUAAAAUUGUUCUAAAUACCUUGAUUUUAUCAUGCAGAGUCGUUUUCGGUAUCCCGUACGACUUGGCCGCACAACUUAACGUUAGACUCCCACUCUGCACAAGCUUGGCAGCCUCGGCCAGCACAUCUGGGGUAUACAACUUUGCACCGAUAGAACGGCUCAUGUUACCUAUAAACAUCAUGUCUCUGGAGAAAACAAGGAAGAUUUUGGUAGCCUUAGAUUUUGACCAUACUGUGAUAGACGGCAACAGUGAUAUUCACAUUACACACUUGUGUCCAUCAGGCGAAGUUCCUGAUGACAUUAAAGAGAAGUUUAGCGAGACUGGAUGGACUCACUACAUGGGAGCAAUAUUUGAAUAUCUUUAUUCUCACGGGCUGUAUGAAAAAGAUUUGAAGCAGUCUAUAAAUGAGAUACCACUGACAGAGGGAAUGGCGGAGCUCUUCAAAUUCCUUGAACAUGAAUUGUUUGAGGUUAUAAUAAUAUCAGAUUCAAAUUCUAUGUUUAUUGAUUAUGCCAUUGAAAAGAACAAUCUUGGGAAUGUUAUAGAUAAAGUUUAUACUAAUCCGGCAGAGUAUGACCACACUGGUAAACUUACAAUAAAGUUUUACCACACACAGGACUGGUGCAAACUUAGCACAGAGAACCUGUGUAAAGGUCAUAUACUGGAAGAACAUGUUAAAAAUGCUCAAGAUAAUGUUGAAUUUAGUCAUAUACUAUAUGUAGGAGAUGGGAGCAAUGAUUUGUGUCCUUCUUUAAGAUUGGCGGAGAAAGAUUUUGUGUUUCCAAGAAAACAGUACUCGCUAUGGAAGAAGUUAAAAAAACUUGGUUGCCUUGACAAUGAAGAAACUGACCUUGAACUUAAGGCCAAGAUUGUGGAAUGGUCUUCAGGAAUAGAGGUUUUGGAUGUUUGUAAACAAUUAGAAAGAGAAAGAUUUCAGCCUAAAGAGUCAAAAUAAUUUUGGAGUACAAAUACUUUAUUGAUACGCAUUAUUUUCAAUCUUUCCAUGAACUUAAACAGGCUUUGCUCCAUAGGAAAUAUUUGUUUUGAAAAGUCUCAAAUUUUUUGUUUCUUGAAAUUGUUUGCUAUGAUGUUAAUUCAUUUUGUUAGGCCAGUAUUGUUACAAAAUUUUUACAGGGCGAUAUUUUUUCUUGAGUAUUCUGCUCUAAUGGACAUGGAUCAGUUGUGGUAGUCAUUUUGUUCUUCAUUGUUGAUCUCAAAUUUACUGCCAUACCAUACAUCAAACCUUGUCAUAAUGUUUUGCAGAUAUCAGAAAGUAGGGUUAUUUAACAUAAUUAUGAGUAUAAGUAAAGGCCAUGAAGUGAGAACUUUAUAAUUUAAACUACAAAGUGACUGACCUUAAUGUCUUAAUUGUGAAGAAUUUAACUUGAAGCCUCUGCCAUAUAGGUCUGUUUGUAGGACCUGAAUGUUCCCUGAAAUCUUGAUUUAAAAAAAAAAACAAACAUGGUACCUGAAUUGAAAGAAUAAUGUGUGUAAAUUUCUGAUAAAACAGGUUGCGCAUGAGGGAAAUCAUCAUUAAACAUUCUUACAGCAAUUGAAUAUUUCAUAAUGAAAUGUUUUAUUCUUUUUUUUUCAUAUAUGAUUAGUAGGCAUUGAAUAAUAGAGACACGUUAUGCUAAAACUCACCAGCUAUGACCAUAAGAAUAUGAAAACUACAUGAUUGUAUAGUUUUUAGCUCGACUAUUCGAUAAGAAUAAGUAGAGCUAUUGCAGUCACCCGAGCGUCGGCGUCGGCGUAACCACUUAUGUUAAAGUUUUUGUAAUAGUUCAAAUAUUUUCAAAGUCCAUUGACAUAUGGCUUUGAAACUUUGCACACUUGUUCACCAUCAUGACCCCAUCCUGUAGACAGGAGGAGGUAACUCUAUCAAGCAUUUUGACAGAAUUAUGCCCCUUUUUCGACUUAGAAUUUUACGUUAA